ACAAGAAAUUUGUGGAGUGGUUGAAAAACGAGUUUUAAUGACUCCAACCUAAGUGUACGUAAACUUCCGACUUCAACUGUAGCAUCGUUAUUGUUAUUUGGUACUUUUAUUAAACUUUUUAGUUGAUUUAGUAAAUAUUUUUCACUAAGAUCUACACCUGUUGUAUUCGGGCAUGUGACAAAAUUAUUUAUUUUGAAUUGAUGGUCGUAUAAUGGAAAAGGGAAACUAUUCAGAUAUAUGUUUGUCCUACAAGAGGAAAUCUUAGCACUUCUCACACAUCACAUAGGCCUAAACAAAACAGAAAACACAGCAGGAAACAAACAAUAGGAACAGUCAGAACGAUAACUUUCCUACCAUCCCAUGCCUGCGCAUAUGGGGAGUUCUUCAUAAUAGUGAUAGACCCUGGGAUGAAAACCAUCCCAAAGCGUGGAGUGCGCGCCAUUUAAUUGUCUAAUUUCUAUGACCUGAUGGGAGAUCAAAGCAGUGGUGGAGUGGGUGCUCUGGGCUUGUAAUCGUGGCGAUCUUUGCGCUGUAUAGCGCGUUUGUUCAGUAGGUGAGGGGGAUCCAAUCAGUUUAGAUUCCGUGAAAAAAAUGUAAUAGUAGGUCUAUAGGCUACUCCAGCCUAUACACUUUACACACUGCGAAACUUGAAAGAACGCAUUGUUCUCAGUCAAGCGAAACGAUACAAUGUAUCACUUGUGCACCAGUGGGCUUUGAAAAGAAAACAACGAGAUGUACAACAUUGCUUCCAAACGGCACAGAUGUCAGAUUUUUCUUCUUCUCUAUAUUAAUUGUAAUUACAAGUUGCACAUCAAAUUAUUUAGGGUUAUAUGAUUGUCUGCUCUGCCAUUCUUCCCCAUCACACUAGGGCUGCCAAGAAUAUAGGUUUGCUAUAAGAUGUAAACGGGAAGAUAAUGGACCAAAAUUAUAAAAUGGCUCCUGACUACCAAGAGAUGUAUAUAGUGUGAAGAGCCCUUCUGAAAAUACAUUUUAAAUCGUGUUUGAAUUCAACAACAAAAAAAUCCAGUGCGGCUUUACUUCCUGGCUAUUAUGACUCUUCCCUGUAUGUUCCUAGCUGCCAUGGUGACUACAUUUGAUUUCAAGCAUGAGGGGUAUCUGGCUGCUAGAUCAUUUACUACUGAACAGAUUAUGAUCUGAUUGCAGUAAGAUGACAACAUCAAGCAGUGAGCUACUGGCCAGUCGGGUCCAGGAGCCCCUGAUGAUGAGCAUGCACCUCCUGGCCAACCCCGGGGACUCGCUCCUGCUGCAGCACACCCUGGACCGCCUCCUCCGCUGGGUAUGCCCCAGCCUGUGCCUCUUCCACGUCUCCGAACGGGCCUGCCCCCUCCGCGACUACGCCCGCUCCCGCUUGUGCCCCGUGGCUGGGUACCCCUCCCUGGCUGUGACCGUCUUCCUCCAUGAGGCCUACGGCGAGGAGCGCAUCCUCCGGGUGCUGGACUUCCUGCAGCGCCCCCCCUGGCAGUACCACCACACGGAGAGCUGCGGUGGGAGGACUGGGGGCGUCCACAUUACCUCCUCCACCUCCCCGGCCAAUGCCCUGCUCCGGCCCUACCUCCUGCCCAGCCGAGACUUCUACAGCCUGGGCACGGGGAUGCCUGUGUGGGGGGUGCGCCCGGUGCACUGCGGCGGGGAGAUGCUGCGGGUGACGCUCUACAGCAGCUACGAUAACUUUGACGACGCGGUGCGGCUUUAUGAGACGGUGCUGCAGAGGCAGGUGGAGGAGCAAAAGACUGGGUUCUGUUGGUUUACGCUCUACACAGAACCAGGGCUGUGUCUGCAGCUGGCUCUCAAACAGCUCUCUCCAGGGGUCAGGGUGGAGGCCUGCAACUCUGCUGUGCUGCAGUUCAGGGUGGAGGAGAUGGGUCAGCUCGUGCCCCUGCUGCCCAAUCCGUGCACGCCCAUCAGCGCCAUACGCUGGCAGACCGAAGACCUGGACGGGAACAAGAUACUCUUCCAGGUGAAAGCCCCAGAGCAGCCUCAGCGACCCCUGACCUGUGCCUUCCCUCUGACCUGCCCCAGCGUCUCGCCCAGAGGGCUAUUGAGGAGCGUCGUGUCCGCCCCGCCAGCAGCCCACGCCCUGCAGCCCUGCGGCCAGAUGACCCCAGUGACCCGUCCAGGGAACAGGCCGCGCACCGACCCAGGCCUGGAUAGGCCUGUUUUACCCGGGGGUCUGCGGUGUGGGGGAGGGGGGGAGAGCAUGGGCUCAGACAGCUGCUACAGCACCCCUCCAGGCAGCUCCUGCUACUCAUCUCAGCGCAGCAGUCCCGCCACGCUAUCCGUUAACCAACCCCACGAAUCCUCCCCUCUCUCAUGCUCCGCCUCCCCGGCGCGGCCCUCCCUGUCCAUCUCCCAUCUACUGCUGGAGGAGGAGGAAGAGCCGGAGACCAACGUGGACACGGGUGUCCCCGUGACAACGACCCCGCGCUCUGACACAGACUUCACCAUGGCGACCAGCUCGAGGGACACAGGCGUCUCGGUGACGCUGCGUUCCGAGAGACCAGCCGCUGUGGGGGCCUCUGCCCUGGAGAGCCUGGCAAGGGAGCUGAGUGCCUGUCUACCGGAAGCUCUCACACCUCCACCCCACCACAGGACUUGGGUUGUGAGCAGCUCAACCAAAGCUGCCAGUCCUGGGUGCAAGGCAGGGUCACAAGCCUGGGAUAGCAGUGUUAUCAGCUGGGCAUCGCCGGGUCAGAGCCACUCCAGAGGGCCUGUAGGGCCACAGACUCCUGCUAAGCCAGCAGCAAAGGCUCUGUCACCCACACACGGCACAGACCCAAUAGAUGAGUUCUUCAUCUGACUCCUUUGUGCAGUGUAGCAGGCAGGCAAUUGUAGGACAUUUUGUCACUAUCUAACAUAAUGUAACUUGAUGUUCCCUCCAGAGAGAGACAGGGAAGCUCAUUGAAACCAUGGAGACACAAAGGACCUAAGUUCCUGGUGCUCAGACCGUCAUGCCAGUCUAGGUUUGCGUCCAAAAUGUCACCCUAUCCCCUAUGUAGUGCUGGUGGCCUCUAGUCAAAAGUAGUGCGCAAUAGGGAAUAGAGUGCCCUUUUGGACGCAAACUAGCUAGGCUAGGACGGGUAAAGCCUAUAGUAAAUGAAACAAUGUUACGCCCAGGGAUUUCAGAUACACAAUUAUUGUAUAACUAACUAGGCUACUAUGCAUUUUAUUACCAGUGGAAGUAGAAAUGGAUACAAAUAUGUGCUGCGAGUGAGUAGAUACAUUUGUGUGGUUGGUUAGUUCAUGUGGUUUCUGUGCACUGUGAAAGCUGUGAAAUCUGUGUGGUAUCGGAGUGGUAGCGUAUCUGAGUGAACUAAAUCCUUACCCCAAGAACGCCCUGUCUAUUAGGUCUGACUCCUGGGUCAGAGGUUACUAUUGUACAGUAUCAUUAUCCUAUUUUUCUAGAAUUAACACAUUGUAUUUCAACAAUGACUGUUGUAUCUUCUAAUACUAUACUAAACCAUUGGUUGUAUUCAGUAGACCUUGCCAAACCACUGUUGAAAGGACACAUUUUGAUAAGACAUUAAAUGCUGAUAAUUCAUUUAUUUUCGGGAAACUUUUUCGUAAAGCCGUUUGUUUCAAGGACUGUGGUUAGGCUGCAUAUUUUUGUAAUCUGUGUUUUCAAAGAUGGAUUGAAGACUAGAAUACAACGAAAGACUAGAGAACUAAGAGAUACUGCUUGUCUGAGAUGGUACUUUGUUAAUAAUGUAUAAAGUGUUGGCUGACAUUACCAUGGGGCCUUGCAAGGCUGUCUAUAACCUAGGGCUAGACAAUGUUUACCAAACUGACUGUCUAGAGGCCCAUUUUCUUACACCAAUUAGCCUAAACUUAGACUAAAAAGCGCUUUCAAUGGAGAAUCUCCAUUGAGAGUGCCUUUUAGUCCAGGACUAUGCGUAAUCUGUGUCUGGGGAAACCAUCCCUUAAUAAUUUAAUGAAUUGAGACGUGAGUUGUGAAAUAGAAUGGUUGUUGUUUAAUCAUGUUUCUAAAAACAAGUAUGAACCAGCAUUAUGCAUCACUAAAUUAUUAUUGACUAUUCUGACUAA